CACUAUCUCUUAACACUACAAUUACUGCCAUUACUGCGAAAGGCACCGAAAGCCCGGAUCAUAAACGUGUCAUCUCUUUCCUAUGCGUCCGGAAGAAUACAUUUCGAGAAUAUAAACCUACGUAACGGUGCUUUUAAUAUGAUGGCAGCUAACUCGCAAAGCAAGCUGGCUAACGUUUUGUUCACCCGCGAGUUGGCUAAACGUUUGGGUGACACCACAAUCAAUGCCUAUUCAUUACAUCCCGGAGCUGUGGCCACCGAUUGGCGCCGACAUAUUGAGUCCCCUGUUUUCAAGUUUAUCGCAAAAAUUUUCACCAAAAUGUUUGCCAUAUCUGUCGAGAUGGGCACUCAAACCACCCUUUACUGCGCUCUCGAGAAAUCACUGGACAGUGAAUCCGGAUUUUAUUAUGAAAAUUGUUUACUCGUGGAUAACAUGUAUGCGAACGCGACGGACGAUAAAAGUGCGGAAAUGUUGUGGCAAUUGAGCGCAGAUUUAGUCAAAUUAGAGGAUAAAUAUAAAUUGUAAACAU